UAACAAACUUAUUACAACUGCAGUGAAUGCGAGACAACUACCAACAAAUGUGCAUAUAUAUAUUUAUUAGAAACUAGAAAUCAGAUAUUGCAAUUCUUUUUCAUUUUAUGCAAAAUGAAACUAAUACACAAAUCAUUUUACAACGUUAUUUUAACAAUUUUGAUCAAAUAUGCCGUCAAUUCAGAUGGAUUAAGUUUGGAUGAAUUUGGUUAUUACAAAAAUAUUGUUGUUGCAAUUGACGAUAGAACAGUACAGAACGAUGUGCAAAACUACACGGAUAUUAUAAAGAUGGGAGUCCAAGACCUCUCUGACCUGCUUCAUCAUGCAACCAACGGAAGGUUUUCUAUACAAAACGUAGACAUUUUAGUCCCAGAUCACUGGGAUGUGGAGAUUGAUGGGAAAUCCACAUUUCAGUUUUAUGAAGGAGCAGAUUUUAAAAUUUCACACACGUUUUCUCUUCCCUUCGUGGACAAUCCGAACGCUUGCGGAUUUCCGGGUCACGACAUGCAACUUCCAUACAACUUUUUUGACUUUGGAGAUUCAGGAAGUUAUGGGCGUUUGGGGAAAGCGUUGCUUGCACAAUUUGCUCGACUUCGAUUUGGCGUUUGGGAGGAACAUGGCUUUCCUGGAGACAACAAAUUUCCUUAUUACUGGAAACGUUUGCUUGGAACGGAAUGGGAAGUUAACACUUGCACAGAUGCACCAAUUGAAGGAGUUUACAAAAACAUAUAUGACGGUACUCCUUGUGGGCCAGAUCCUGAUGAUGUUGACAAUUUAUACCCACCACCCAGCGAUUGUCGAUUUUUCCCAAAUGCAAAUCAGACAGCAAAAUCAUCUCUGAUGAGCUACCAUUAUUUACCUACAUUUGAAGCUUUCUGUAAUUUUGAUACACACGAUCGGACUAAACCCACUCCACAAAAUUACUACUGUCGCCAUAAAAGUGUGAUGGAAGUGAUUGAGACUACGCCAGAUUGGAAAAUGGUGACAGAAGAAAAUACCCCCAGUCUUGUCAAGUUCACAAUUGUCAAAAAGUCUCCAAAACCCAUGCUCUAUAUUCUUCUGGAUUCUGGGUUCACGCAAGUACCGGCACCAGUUCAAAGCCAAAUUGCUUCUCGUCUUUCAACUUUUAUCGAAGCUAGUGAGAUGAGCAGUAUUGUUGCUGGGCUUGGAGAAUUUCCAUCCACGAAUCCUAGUGAAAGUUUUACUGAGGUUGUACCCUGGGCUCCAAUUGGGAACUUUACUCAGGAAUUUGUAACAGCAUUUCACACAACAUUUGGUUCUCAAUCUGGAUUCAAAGACUAUGCUGGAGCAUUACGAGAGCUUUUAUUCUCAUUUAACCAACGCAAGCAUCCAUCCGGGGCUGCAAUUUUAAUUGUCAAAAUGAGCCCAGAACUAAAUACAGGGGGUCUAACAAUGGAAAGUCAAGUGAUGAUUCCUCUCUUGCUCGCUAACGUGAAAGUCUUUGCCGUGGAAGUGUAUGGAAGUACAAUCCACUCGGGAAAUGCGCUAGAGCGAGUUGUCGAAAAGUCGGAAGGAUUGCAUUUGACUGUUUCGGAGCCAUCCGAUUUGCUAAAACCCUUUGACGAUUUUUUGACUGAAUUAGCAACCACGCUACAAACCCCAUUCACGCGAAGCAAAAAAUAUGUUGUUGGGAUGGAUGAAAUGGUUCGUCACAAUAGGGCCGUGUGGCUCGAAUCGACUUCUCGAAUAACUCAGUUCGAAGUAUUCGCCAUGCCGUUGGCAGGAGGGUUUACUGACGUUAAGCUGUGGAAUGGAACCGAUGGAAAUUACAUAGAUGUUGCGCUACAGGAGAUGAAAUGGGAUUCUGCAGAAACGGUUCCAUAUGUUCGGAAAAACUUUUACUUUUCAUCACCCGAAGAGGAAGAACCAUUGGAUAAUGUAAGAUGGUCACGUGUCUCCAUUGGGUGUGAUUGGGGUGAAUGCAUAGCUCGUAUCACCGUUUUGGUGCAAGUUGAAGACUUGGACUUAAUCCCCAAAGAUAUCAAGCUCACAGUUACAACCUCAGCCAUCAAUGGCGUUGUCGACUUUUCAGAAGCGAACGCUGGGUCAUACACCGGCACAGCUUUUGCCAUUUAUGCAAAAUUGGAACAAGACGGAAUUCCGUUCCAGUCAAGCCCGGGUCUUGUAGUGACUGCCGUAAUAUCCAGUCCCUACGCGCCAGGAAUGCACGCGUGGUCUGUAGAACUUAAAGACGAUGGAAGUGCGUCACCGGACAUAACUACAAACGACGGCAUAUUCUCAGGAGAAUUUCUCCCGGAGGUUACUGGCGACAUGGUGGCAUUUAAUGGGAUGUACGAAAUCUUUGUCACUGCAAAAUUUGCAAAAUUUGUUGAGCCAACUGCACCCACUAAAAUUAAGGACGACGUAGACGAAAGUCAAAGCUUUGCAUCAUUUUCCUCAAUCGGGAGAUUGUUCCCAGUGGAUCAAGUACACAUUGGGUGUGGGAGUGGUUACCUGGGUUGUUGGAGUAAAAUUCCAGAAGAAUUUUUUUUUAUUAGCUCUAAUCUCGAGAAGGACGUAGAGUUCGUCAAUUUUCAGUUAUUUGAGGCGGUCCCCACAAGGAUAAUGGAUUUGGUGAUAACUCCACUUGAGAACAAUAUGGUUAACCUACAAUGGACCGAUCCGCGAGUUAAAGACCCAAGGGGCCAUCCAGUCCAAGUUGAUUUUUAUGAAAUUCGACAUCAGGAUGAGGUUGAUAAACUGUUAUUCGACUUCGACCACGCUGAAAACAUACCGCCAAAUAAGGUGCCGAAUACCCAACCACCAGGAAGGAGACAAAACGUCACUUACGAUUUUGGCAGGGAAGCAAGUAGAUAUUAUGCAAUAAAAAGUAUAACCACAUCAACCGGCACCCCAGUAUGGUCACAAAUUUCCGUCAUUGUGGGUGUGAAUAUUAAGACCAUGCUAGAUGCAAGCACCACUACGACAACUACAACAACUAUUCGUCCCACAACCAGAACAACGCUACCGCCACGGACUACCUCGCCGGGUUCCACAAUGACAGAAGGCGAUACUACGAGUACGACAAUCAUAACCUCGACCACUCCGAACCCAAAUAGCUCACCAUCGCCAAGCCCCUCACCAUCACCAAGCCCCUCGCCAACCCCACAGCCGUCGCCCUCACCAAGCCCACAGCCUACGCCCUCAACCACCACAGCUCCCCCCGCAACGUCCCCCUCAAAGUCCUCCGAUACUCUUCAAUCCUCCGUGAUGGUCUCCCUAAUCGGAAUAGUUGCCACUGUUUUCAUCAAGAUUUAUUAAACUAAACUACACAUACGUACACGUAAAUAUGUAUGUAUGUAACUCUAGCUGCUGAUUUAUACGUACGUGGUACAGAUCAUUGUGAAUUAAUAAACAUUUAUGUGAAAGUUCCGACUUAA